AUUUAUUCCCACAUUUAUAAUUCUGACAAUGUAAUCAAAAACAAGUUAUUUUUGUCACCAUUCUCAAAUGGAUCCAAGACAAACAUCAAGUGGGGAAAUCUGUUUUUCAAUACCCGAUAAUUCUCCAAGAAAAAGUGCCCAAGUAAUUUAUAGCAUAAUUGAAAAAUAAUCAUCGGUAUCUACCAAUUAUAAAACGAUGCACGAAUAAGAAUUAUAGUUAUAUAAUGAAAGCACACAUAGAGAACUGUCAUUUUGUCUGGAACACCCACUUCCUCUCUUUAUUCAUACUUAUUAUCAAAUCAAAGUUUUAUUUUGGAUAAAGUGAAUGGCUAGUGUAGUCAAGGAUGAGUGCGAUGAUGUUUUUGUUGUUUGUAGUAUUAUCAAUUUCAGAAUAUGCAUUAGCCGUUCCUAAAGCCAGUAUACCACAAGGAGCAUUAGAAGGAUCUUAUAAGCGUUCUUAUUUUGGAAGAACAUUUUCAGCCUUUGAAGGCAUUCCUUAUGCGAAACCUCCAGUCGGAGAUCUCAGAUUUGCGCCUCCAGAACCAGCUGAUGGGUGGGAAGGAGUCUUAAAGGCUGAUAAAAUGUACAUGUGUGAACAAUAUAUACCGUAUCCUAUCGUUGAAGGAAUUCAAGGGCAAGAGGAUUGCUUAUACCUGAAUGUGUAUGUACCUCGUGAGGAAAUUGAUGGAAAUGAAAACUUAGACGUAGUAGUCCACAUACAUGGAGGUGCUUUCAUGAUUGGUGCACCAGUGAUUAUGGCGGGUCCAGAAAUGGUUAUGGAUAAAGAUUUUAUUUUUGUUAAUUUCAACUACAGACUCAAUAUUAUGGGAUUCUUGAGCACCGAAGAUGACGUAGUUUCUGGAAAUAACGGACUCAAGGAUCAAACAAUGGCUCUACAAUGGAUAAAAGACAAUAUCAAGUACUUCGGUGGAAAUCCGGCUUCAGUCACCCUAACUGGAUUGUCAGCGGGUGGUGCCAGUGUGCAUCUGCACUAUUUAUCACCACUUUCCAAAGGGCUAUUUCAUAGAGGUUGGGCUCAAAGUGGUACAGCCCUGUCUCCUUGGGCAAUAACUGAAAGGCCAUUGGACAAAGCGAAGAGGCUCGCGAGAUACUUCAACUGUGAUAUAAGUUCAAGUCAAAUCAUGGUAGACUGCUUAAGGAAGGUGGAUGCCAAAACGUUACUCAUGUCUCUGAAGGCCAUGGCAGUAUACUUAAACACAGUUCCAAUCACUCCAUUUGGCCCUUCAGUUGAGAAAGGCAGCAACAACACAUUCCUACCUGAUCUGCCCUAUAGGUUACUUAAGGAGGGCAAAAUCAAUGAUGUUCCUUUGAUUGUGAGCAACACUAAAGAUGAGGCAGUGUUCCCCAUAGGCAUUAUGGUCGCACUGGAUCUAUUAGACGACUUGGAUAAAAAGUGGAAUAUUUUAGGAGCUUAUAUGAUGGACUGUCAUGAUACUGUAUACAAAAAACAGUGGAAGGAAGUCACUACAAAAAUUAAACAACAUUUUCUGCAAGGGAAACCUUUCACUUCAGAUAUUCCCGUCACGUUAAAGUUGUUCAGCGAAAGGUUGUGGUUUUUGGACACUGAAAAGACAUUAAGAUUGCAGUCUAAGGUCGCAAAGUCUCCUGUCUAUUUCUAUCUUUACAAAUAUAUGAUGAAGUUACCUUCAAUGUUUCCAGGGUCAAAAAUAGGUGUAGGCCACGGUGACGAUUCAAGGUUAUUCCUGAAAAUGUUUUUGUCGCCUGACAGUUUUGAACCUGAAGAUGAAAAAAUGAUGAAGCUAUUUUUGGACUUCGUUGCAACAUACGCAAAAACGGGUGUGCCGACUUUCAAAAACACGACAUGGCUACCAAUCCAACCAGAAAGUGAAGAAUUAGACGUAUUGUCAAUAUACUCGCCAGAAAGGGUGCAAAUGGAAAAAUACAAUGAGCUGGCAGAUGUACAGUUUUGGAAUAACUUACCAAUCAGAGAAAAUGAAAAUGCAAUAUAAUUAAACUUGAUGGUUCUAAAUCCUUAUUCGUAUUUUCCUUUAUUACCGUAUAGCUACAUCCACCAUUUUUUGAAAUCCAAGUAGAACAGUUUCUAAGGAGAAGUUUUGAGAUGUUCAGGAUAACAUAAGCAAUGACAUACAAAAUAU